AUGGGUAGAGUUAGAACUAAGACCGUUAAGCGUGCCUCCAAGGCUUUGAUCGAACGUUACUAUCCAAAAUUGACCAUGGAUUUCCAAACUAACAAGAGAUUGUGUGACGAGAUCGCUACCAUCCAAUCUAAGAGAUUAAGAAACAAGAUUGCUGGUUACACUACCCAUUUGAUGAAGCGAAUUCAAAAGGGUCCAGUUAGAGGUAUUUCCUUCAAGUUGCAAGAGGAGGAAAGAGAAAGAAAGGACCAAUACGUUCCAGCUGUCUCUGCUUUGGACUUGUCCCUCAGCAAGGGUGUGUUGAACCUAGAUGCCCAAUCUGCUGAGUUGGUCAAGGCUUUGGGUUUGAAGUUGCCAAUGUCUGUUUCCAAUGUUUCUGGCCAAAGAGACAGAAGAUUCAGAAGAAGAAACUAA